CCGGCGGUUGGCGCGGCCGGAGAGGCGGCUGCACGUGCGGGUGGGGGCGAUGCGUCACUGAUCGGAGCGACAAGGAUGAACAUGACUCAAGCCCGGGUGCUGGUGGCUGCCGUGGCGGGGCUGGUGGCUGUGCUCCUCUACGCCUCCAUCCACAAGAUCGAGGAGGGACACCUGGCUGUCUACUACAGGGGAGGAGCUUUACUAACUAGCCCCAGUGGACCAGGCUAUCAUAUCAUGUUGCCUUUCAUUACUACCUUCAGAUCUGUGCAGACAACACUGCAAACUGAUGAAGUUAAAAAUGUGCCUUGUGGAACGAGUGGUGGAGUCAUGAUCUAUAUUGACCGAAUAGAAGUGGUUAAUAUGUUGGCUCCUUAUGCAGUGUUUGAUAUCGUGAGGAACUACACUGCAGAUUAUGAUAAGACCUUAAUCUUCAAUAAAAUCCACCAUGAGCUGAACCAGUUUUGCAGUGCCCACACACUUCAAGAAGUUUACAUUGAAUUGUUUGAUCAAAUAGAUGAAAACCUGAAACAAGCUCUACAGAAAGAUUUAAACGUCAUGGCCCCAGGUCUCACCAUACAGGCUGUGCGUGUUACAAAACCCAAAAUCCCAGAAGCCAUAAGAAGAAAUUUUGAGUUAAUGGAAGCUGAGAAGACAAAACUUCUUAUAGCUGCACAGAAACAGAAGGUUGUGGAGAAAGAAGCUGAGACCGAGAGGAAAAAAGCUGUUAUAGAAGCAGAGAAGAUUGCACAAGUGGCGAAAAUUCGCUUUCAGCAGAAGGUGAUGGAGAAGGAAACUGAAAAGCGCAUUUCUGAAAUUGAAGAUGCUGCAUUCCUAGCUCGAGAGAAAGCAAAAGCAGAUGCUGAAUAUUACGCUGCACACAAAUAUGCCACGUCAAACAAGCACAAAUUGACCCCGGAAUAUCUGGAGCUCAAAAAGUAUGAGGCGAUUGCUUCUAACAGUAAGAUCUACUUUGGCAGCAACAUCCCUAGCAUGUUCGUGGACUCCUCUUGUGCUUUGAAAUAUUCAGAUGUUAGAACUGGAAGAGAAAGCUCCCUCUCCGCUAAGGAAGCUCUAGAACCCUCUGGAGAGAGCUCCAUCCAAAACAAGGAGAGCACAGGUUGAUGCAAGAGGUGGAAAUGUUCUCCCAAAUCAAGAUGUGGCCCAAGGGGUUAAGUGGGAACAGUGGUAAUACGGACUCUUCAGAUUUACAGCGAACUUGUGCUCGUCUGUUCUGCCUCUCCUGUGAUAAUCCUGGUUUGUCAGCUGAUUGACUACAGGAGAGAGCCAGCUGUCUGGCUCUCAAAAAGUCUUUUCAGCUGCAAACUUAUCAAGUAUCCUGUGUGUUCCUUUUCAAACUGGUACUCAUGAAUAAGGGAAAGUCUGAUGCUAAGAUACUGCCUGCACUGGAAUGUUAAACACUAAAUAUAUAACAAGCUGUGUUUUUCUAAGCUGAGAUCUAUUGAAUAAUGUUUACAUUGGUCCCCGGGGAAAUGUAUGCUCAGCCAGUCAAGAUAUGCGAGGCCAGAGAGAAGACUGCCAGGAUAUGGUAAGUUAAAGAAGACUGAUUAUACCUGGAACCAAAGUUGUCUCUUUGGGGUCCAGUCCCAGCAUUCAUCCAUGUGAUUAUUAUCCAGGCCACUAAGGUUCCCCAGAAAAUGAGCUUCCACUUGAGCAAUCAUUUACUUGAUAUAAUUUGUACCUUUUUGUUUUCCUAUAGUCAAGUCGGUGGCCUGCAGGGACAUAUGCUAUGCCUUGCCACCUAACCAGAGAAUCUUCACAGUUUUCUAAUGACUAGUUUAUUGCAUUAAUCGGCUCAGAUUAAAGAAUGCUUGGUUUGAAGUUGGGUGAGAUGAAACCUUUGCUCUGAACCAAAGCUCUGAGGCCCUUGCAUUUCCUCCAUUGGGUGAUGACUGUCAGUGUGUCAUAACUGCCCCAGGUUAUGUAUGACUAAGGUGCCUGGUUUUUAACCACGACAACUCCUUAUAUGUCACCUCAACUCUGACUGGCCAAGACUGGGACAGGGCUUUAACCGGAAAUAGGAGCAACAUAAAAUUCCUAGCCAUUUACUGCACAGUAUUGUAUCAUAAUUGCAAGAAGUUUUUAUUUUUAAAACUGGAUUCGGGAUGCAUUCAUUUGCCCCAGCACUUAUGUCGAAAGACCAAGUCCUUGGGCUGCCAUGGUUCCUAGCACACUGAUUCUCUUACGGUUGUUCAUCAGAAGCCUACCUGGUGUGAACAAAGAAUAAUCUAGAAAGCAUCCUUGCUCAUCUUUAUCUGCUGCUCUCCUGGCCUGAGAUGCUGAAAUCAAAGUUGUUUCUCCAACUUUCAUCUUCCCUAGGAGAUCAAGAUUCCCCUGACUUCUGGGCAGCCAGUGAAUCUAAUUUUCCAUGGGAGGAUGACAGAGUUAACCUGUGACUAUAGGAGAUCUACUUCACCUGGACCUUUGUUUCUUUCAGAUUAACUUGCCUGGAACGGUGUGCUGCAUAAUUAGGUCUGAGCUUGUGCAGCUUCUUAAGACACCAGUUGUAUUCACCCUGUUGAAGCCAGACAGAAAAAUCUUGGGACCACUUCCAGAAACUUUUCAGCUGUCAGUCCUGAUGAUCUCAUAACAGCUUAAUGGCUUGUGCCAAACACUUCAUUGGAAAAGGAAAGCCCAAAUUUGAAUGGGUCUUUUCCUUAGGCCUUAUACUAUAGAGGCAUUUGUACUAAGGAGAAAAUCAUUUUUAUUUUUACUCAUUUAAUUCUAUAAAUUCUCUACAAAUGAAUUUUGUGUUUUUUAACCCUCCUUAAAAGAGCUUUUGAUUUAUAAAAACUCUUAACCUGUCAUUGUUGCUGCAGAUAAAUAAUGAUUGUUCUGGGAAAUUUGGAUCAUUGGCCUCUGUGCUUUCAUUCGUAGAGACGUUUGCUAUUCACGUGAGCAAAAGGCUGUUGCCCCAAAGUGAUGGCUGUAGGUAUUCCUGCCAGCCACAAGCCCCUGUGGCAAGGCUAAGAACAGAGAAAUGGUGUUGUGAAGGUUUAAAGAAAGCACUUCUGCUUAAACACCCUAUAAGCUCUGCUUCCCUGGCCCACUCAGUGAGCUCUAAGUCUAGCCAUCCUUCAAGGAUGUUCAUUUUGGCAAAUAUACACUGUAAUCUUGGUCUAAAUUUAUAUGUGAAAUGCUACCUUUUUUAAAAUAAGAAACUAAAUAAAAUUAUUUUACUAUCA